GUCAAAAUCAGCUGUAUCGUAACCUUUCGAAAUCAAGGCCUACGCAGUCGGUGAAUGGAGAAAUGAAUCCAGUUAUCACGAUAAAUCUCUGCGCUAUCGGCAGCGCAGCGAUCGGCUCCGCGAGUAUAUUCGAUAACACCUCGCGCGAGACUUUCGUUUCCUGUUAGGAUUAGAAAAUAUCAAGUGUGGCACAAUGUCUUCUGUUGUUGAAGAUAUUUGUGAACUUUUAGACAGUUAUAAUGGACGGGACAAGGUGGUCAGGCUAGCCUGCUACACACUGAAGCUGUACGGCUGUAUAAAAGGCGAGAAGCCAUGGCAGACGGCAGGCUCGCGGCUGUCCAACGCGCGCAUGAUGCUGCGGCUCUUCGACGAUAUACCCAUGAUACGACACACCUACAGCUACGGGCUGGGCCGCCAUGAGUCAUCAACAAUGGCUGCGGCGCUCGGCGUCCUCGCCAACAUGGUGGACCAAGCCUUCCUGCCCGUGGAAAAGGCCUGCUGGUUGCAGGAAGUUGGCGUCUUGAAGUUGUCUGAAGAAACGGCGGAGCGACUAGACGUCGUCAGUACGGCGCUGUGGGCUGCAAGCCUUUACAUAUCCUUACUACAGACCGUCCGCGCGAUCCGCCAGCUGUGGUGGAGUCGCGACUGUUUGCGGCACUCCUGUGAAGGCGGGGGCUCGGAGGCGCGCCGCAACCUCGACGUGCGGCUCACAUUACAAGCUGUCACUGCAGGCAAACUCCUCCUAGACAUAACGCACGCCGUGAGCUGCCUGCCAGAAGGCUGGCUGUGGGGCGAGCGUAUCGGCAGCACCAAGGUCGCCGCCAUCGCCACCACGAGCUCCGUCGUCGGCAUCGCCAUGUACUUCGCGAAGAAACGGCUCUUCAAGUAAACGUUGGACGAGAUUAAGGGCUCAUAUUAACUCACAUUUAUAGACGGGUCUAACGCGAAUUUUAUUCUAUCACCUUUAUUAAGUUAAAGCCAAAGGAUCUAUCUUCGGACGUGUGCGUGGAUAUUGUGAGUGUUGCGUGUCGGACUAUUGACAAUAAUUAACAUUAUGUGUACUGGGUGGUUUGAAAAUGUGAUGUCUACCCCAAACUUUUCCAUACACUUUUCGUCGGGUAGUUGCACAAAUCUCUGUUUUGAUAUUUUGCUGAGACUUCAAGUCAGCCGCGACCACGACCAGUGAAACCUGUGUCGAAACGUCGGUAAAUAAAGGUAAUUGAAUAAAAUUCGCGUUAGACCCGUCUAUAAAUGUGAGUUAAUAUGUGUUCAAAACGCGAAAGUUUUAAAUAUGAGAUUAAGGGCUGAUUUAGGGUCAGUUGCACCAAACUGUUCGUAUCGUUAAAAGAGUUCGUUAAAUUGUUAUGUAUGGAAAGUUUCAUAGUGGCGCGCCGGGGCGCGCCGGCUGACGUUGAUCAGUCUGUCAAAUGUGGUUGGUGCAACUGGCCCUUAGACUGCGCGCGAACUCGCAUGCGAUUUUAGUUACAUUGCGGACUGUUGGUUACGUCCAAUUCCACCGACCGAUCAAAAACCGCAAUGUACUGAAACUCGCAUGCGAGUUCUCGCAUCGUCUAAAUGAGCCCUAAAAGUUUGGACGAGAUAAAAAGUGCCUGAUGUUCUGGGU